UGUCUAAUGGGCAGGUAGAUCCAGAUGAACAAUUAUUGGAUGAUGAUGAUGUAUAUAUAUUGAUAGGAUGGUCGUGCAUCAUUGCGGAGGACAUGUCCAUGCAUACGAGAGAACCUAUUAGGGACAGCAAACUAUCAGGACCUGAAUGGAUAAGGGAGAUUGUUUAUGGACAUUCAGAUAGAUGCUAUGAAGCCUUCAGGAUGGAGAGACAUGUUUUUCUGAACCUAUGUGAAUUAAUGAGGGCAAAAGGUUGGUUGAAAGAUAGUCGGUUUAUUAGGAUAGAUGAACAAGUUGGGAUAUUCUUAUCUAUGGUUUGUCACAAUAACUCCAAUAGAGAUUUAUGUGAGAGAUUCCAACGUUCAGGACAAACAAUUAGCAACUAUUUCAAUAUAGUGUUGAAAGCAAUUAUCAAACUCUCAAAGGAAGUUAUCAAACCACCGUCCUUUGAUGUUGUCCCACAGGAAAUUCUUAUGAAUCCUAAUCAUGAACGAUACUUCAAGGUAUGGUUUUUAUUUUUUGAGUUUACAUUAUCAAAUACAUGUAGUUGAUAAUCUUGUAUAACAUUAGAUUUUUAUAAAUGCACAGGGCUGCGUAGGUGCUAUUGAUGGCACCCAUAUCAAUGCUUCCGUCCCUGUGUCUGAGCAGGUCCCAUAUAGAGGUAGGAAAGGGAAUACCACCCAGAAUGUGCUGUGUGUUUGUUCAUUUGAUAUGAAGUUUACUUUCGUGUAUUCUGGGUGGGAAGGAUCUGCCAACGAUUGUCGGGUGCUUUCGGCAGCACUCGAGACUCCUCGACUGCAAUUUCCUCGACCACCAUUAGGCAAAUACUACGUGGUAGAUUCUGGUUAUGCAUCACUUCCGGGAUUUUUAACUCCGUUUAAAGGUGAACGGUAUCAUUUGAACGAUUAUAGGGGGCGUGGAAGACGGCCAAGCACAGCAAGAGAAUUGUUUAACCAUAGGCACUCUUCACUAAGGAAUGUCAUUGAGAGGUCAUUUGGGGCAUUAAAGAAUCGCUUCACCGUUUUGAGACACAUGCCCCCAUUUACAAUAAAAAAGCAAGCACUUGUUGUAAUUGCAUGUUGUGCUCUCCAUAAUUACAUUCGUGAGGAGGACAAUAUGGACAAAAACUUUUCUCAUUAUGGAGAUCCAGACUACCCAUUUGGAGCUAGAGAAGUGGAGGUUGCGGAUGAUACACCACUUGAGCAAGCAGCUGAGAUAAACAUGCUUAGGAAAAGUAUUGCAAAUAAAAUGGCAAGGGAUUACAAUUUGCCCGAGAUUCCAUGAUUUGUGUUUCUGACUUUUGUAAUAUUAUUUUUAAAUACUACAUGACGAUGGGAGAUGAUCCUUACAUGUACUUUUGUCAUUUCCUUUUGUUUUAUUACAUGUACUUUACUGAUGGUA